GCAUACUUCGCAGGCGACGCGGAAGGCGGCCGCGCCAGCGUGCACAGGGCCGCCGGCCGCGCGGGGACAUGCGGAUCCCGGAGCUCCCCGGGCUGGCGCUCGCGCUGCUGGUGCUGCUGCCGCCGAGCCCCGCCCGCUGCGCCGCGCGCUUCGACCCCACCUGGGCGUCCCUGGACGCCCGCCGGCUGCCCGCGUGGUUCGACCGGGCCAAGUUCGGCAUCUUCAUCCACUGGGGCGUGUUUUCGGUGCCCAGCUUCGGUAGCGAGUGGUUCUGGUGGUAUUGGCAAAAGCAAAAGAUGCAGAAGUAUGUGAAGUUUAUGAAAGAUAAUUACCCUUCUGGUUUCAAAUAUCAAGAUUUUGGACCGCUAUUUACAGCAAAAUUUUUUAAUGCCAAUCAGUGGGCAGAUAUUUUUCAGGCCUCUGGUGCCAAAUACAUCGUCUUAACUUCCAAACAUCAUGAAGGCUUUACCUUGUGGGGUUCAGAGUAUUCAUGGAACUGGAAUGCAGUAGAUGAGGGGCCGAAGAGGGACAUUGUCAAGGAACUUGAGGUAGCCAUCAGGAACAGAACUGACCUGCGUUUUGGACUGUACUAUUCCCUUUUUGAAUGGUUUCAUCCACUCUUCCUUGAGGAUCAAUCCAGUUCAUUCCAUAAGCGACAAUUUCCAGUUUCUAAGAUGUUGCCUGAGCUCUAUGAGUUAGUGAACAAGUAUCGGCCCGAGGUCCUGUGGUCGGAUGGUGACGGAGGGGCGCCGGAUCACUACUGGAACAGCACGGGCUUCUUAGCCUGGCUGUACAAUGACAGCCCAGUUCGGGACACAGUAGUCACCAAUGACCGCUGGGGAGCUGGUAGCAUCUGUAAGCAUGGUGGCUACUAUACCUGCACGGAUCGUUAUAACCCAGGACAUCUUUUGCCACAUAAAUGGGAAAACUGCAUGACAAUAGACAAGUUUUCCUGGGGAUAUAGGAGAGAUGCUGGAAUUGGUGACUAUCUUACGUACACAUCCAAACCUAAAGAAAAACUGGUCUAUGCCAUUUUUCUUAAAUGGCCCACAUCAGGAAAGUUGUUUCUUGGCCAGCCCAAAGCUACUCUGGGGGCAACAGAGGUAAAACUACUGGGCCACGGACAACCACUAAAGUGGAUUUCUUUGGAGCACAGUGGCAUGGUGGUAGAACUGCCGCAGCUAACCUUUCAUCAGCUGCCCUGUAAGUGGGGCUGGGCUCUGGCACUAACGAGUGUGAUCUAAAGUGUAGCAGAGUGGCUGACGCUGCAGUUACACCUACAACUCGGCAAUAUCAGGUUUCUAUCAUCGUACCACAUGGAGAUAGCAAAUGUGACAUUGGACAAGAGAAAUUGAGUAAUUUAGGCAAAUCAGUCCUUUUUCACUCUAAAUUUUUUCCCUAAAUUACCUAUGUAACCAUUUUAACUCUCCAAUGCACUCUUCCAUUAAAGUCUCUUCACACUGA